GAGUGGAGUUUCUCAGUUGUGGUCGUGGGUUGUGGUCGUGUGUUGUCGCUCGUGAAGGGGGUGGGGCGGAGCCGCGGACAUUUUUAUUGGACUUGCAAUUAUCCGCGUCUUAGGCCAAAACCUUUAAAAUUAAGUACAUAGUUAAAGCCUCAAUUCAAUUAACUACGUGCCACUGUGACCAUCAAUAUGGAGCUACCUCUUUUGUGUUUGCCACAACCAAUUUGGAGGUUGCGGCCUUAGUGCACCUUAUUACAUGCUGGAAAUGAGGAAAUGCUCGCUGGUUUGAACAACAGAAUCAGAAUCAAGAUUUCAGGAACGCAGCAAGAGUAAGAUGUCUUUACUAAGGGAAAAUGUGCAGCACGUCUUCGAUUGUUUCUGCGAUGUCCCGAUGCCUCCUGCGUUCGCGAAUCGUAUGAACGCGGACGACAUCAGGCUCAAGUUUCCCAACACCUUUGUCGAGAGGAACACCCUGAAUAUGGUGCCCAAGUUCGCCUAUCCUUGCGUGGUAGAAAGCACGGCCGUGGAGCACUUUUCGUUUGUGCUGCGGCGCGAGGACAAGUGGCUGUUUGGGUUCUGCCGACGCUCUCCGACGGAAAGUUCGACUCUGGUGCUCCUCAGUGCACUGCCCUGGCACGAUCUCAUGUACAAGCUGCUAGACAAGCUGCACGAGGUGCUGUCCGACGGCGGGGAGGUCCAGCUGCGCCGCUGUCUGAACGUCGUCUACAGGACGCCGGUGCCGGCCGGCGGCGAGACGCUGAGGUUCCCGCUGCCCGACGGCACGGACUUUGCUGUCGAGUGUCCCGACCGUCGCCGGCGGCCUGCCCUACUGGUGGACCGCAACCUAACCGAGUACUACGCAGUGCUGGACAACAACACCAAGCUGGAGCUGUUUGCGGCGCUGCUGCACGAGCGGCACGUACUCAUCACCUCCUCCCGACUGGGCCGCCUCAGCGCCUGUGUGCAUGCGGCGCAGGAGCUGCUGUACCCUCUGCAAUGGCAGCGUCUGUUCUUUCCGGUGGUGCCGGCCGCGCACCGGGGCCUGCUCGCCUCGCCGGUGGCCUUCCUGGCCGGCUGUCCGGCGGUGGUGCGCGCGCAACUCUCCAGGGACGAGCUGCCCGAGGAGUACGUGGAGCUGGACGCGGACUGCAGCCGUCUGCGCACGCCGCACGGGGACCUGCAGCGGCUGCCAGCAGACCUGGUCGCCUCGCUUCGCCGCCAGCUGAACAAGGUCGGCUCCAUUGAUGGCGACGGCGACAGUUUGGCGCGAGCCUUCCAGACGGCCGUGCUUCGACUGGUCGACGGGUACCGACACGGCUUCAGACGGGACGCCACCGGUGCUCCGCUCUUUGACCGAACGGCGUUCUUAGAGAGCCAGCCGUCCAGCCGACGGCCGUUCCUGCAAACCCUGGCGGGCACGCAGAUGUUCGAGCAGUUUAUCCAGGAGCGACUGGCGCGUCCCGAGUCGUCGGGCGACUCUCUGCUGCGUGAGCCGGCCUACAUUCCGCCGCCCGAGUCGCAGUCGCGCCGGCCCUGGAUCGCCAAGAUGAUGUGGCGGCGCCGGCUGAGCGGCAGCGGGCGCACAGCCUCCGAGUCGAGCCAGCGGCGCCCGCAGGUGCCGGCCGGCGCGGCCGGUGCGGCCGGCACUUCCUCGGCGCCGGCGUCACCGGUCACCCAGCGGCUGCGGCCCACCGGCGUGUCGUCACCGUGCCUGCUGCCGGGCGAUCUGCAGCGCCGGACCACCACUGCUGGCAGCGGGGGCAGUCUUCCCAGGCCGAACAGAGCCUCUCUGUGGACCGAGCCUUCGGCGGAGGACGACCCCCUUGCCGACUUCUCGGUGAUGGCCGGCUCCAGUCUGCUGGAUGAAAUCAACGCUGAGCUCCAGCUGAGGUCGCAGCAGCUGGCAGAGAUGGACGACGUCACGCUCCUGCGCCGCGGCACCUCAGCACCCUCUGGGCAUGGCGGCGGCGGCUCGGACCAGGACGACGUGUUCUCAGAGGGCGCCAGCGGCCCGCGCGGCGCCCGCCCGCGCGCCGCCAACGGGCGGCCGCCGCUCCCCGUGGCCGGCAGACGGGGGGACAGCUCCCGCCUCUGACCUGGGGCUCGGUCGAACGGAACACUGCCGUGGGGGGACUGCGGGCGUGGAGUCGCCGCGCGCCGGGCAUUAGUGAGCGCCACGGGUGUGCUCCGGUGUGCCCCGGUGGGUACGCGACACUCGCGUCUGUCGAUUUAACUGUGCCCGGCUGUGUGAGAUGUGAGAAGCACAUGCCGGUGCGCGGUCAAAGAGCUUUGCUUCAGUCACUGGGUCAUCUGCAGGGGUGGUCAAACCACCGGCGAACCAGCUUUUUGUUACCUGGGACUCGUCUGUGAUGGUAUGAUGGCACAGCGUGAGAGUCAUAUGUGUUCGAUUCAAGUUUUCAACAGUGUGCCAAGGGGUGUGUAAAUGUCAGCUUUUGUGAUGCGCCAAUGCAAUCGUCUUGUUAUAGCUACGAGAGCUACGCUGUAGCUAAAGCGAAAUCGUAUUUUCUUCACAAAUCAGUUUUAUAUCGAUUGUUCUCUUGUGAUCUUUGAUGUUCGUAGUUUUAUCAUGUGGCGAAUUUUGAGCUUAUUGACGACUUGCGACUGCUAUUUAGUGUCAACGAUGUCACAUAUCGUUACAUUAAGUGAAUGGUGACGAGGCUGUACGGCUUUUGUAGCCUCGUCAACAAACCUAGGGCGCCUGAGUUCGCGCUUUGUGCUACGACGCACAAAGCCUCGCUCGUGAUCCGUCCGUCCGGGCUGGUAUGUGUGGGAGCGCCGCUGUUCUUUGACCGGAACCGCCUGUUCGUCAGUGACUGUGCCUUGGAGCCGUUCUGUCACUGUUGGACCGGGACCCAGUUUGGGUGGCGGAGCGGGACCGGAGGGUACGGGUCAGGCCACCCCCGGGUAUCAGUAUAUCGCUGUGUACUGGUCAGAGGCGCUGCCGGUGUCUGAAUUGACGAGUUACCGAGCCUCAGAGGGACCAGCCGUAAAUCCAGUGUGCCUUCUCCCGAGCUAAUUCACACCACGGCAAAACUCGGCCGUUGGCGCCUUGUAAAGCCAGCUCAAUUCAACUCUCCUUUCAGCUUCUUUCGCUGAACAAGUCCGUCUCCUUAUGUUAUCAUAGCAACCGUAGCGUUGCAGCUGUUCCUGCGAUGUGAACACUUCGUGCGUUCGUGCAUGUCCACACAGUCUACACGCCUUUAUUCUAAACGACUCGUGCCUUAUGAUCGCGGACUUCGUUCUGGGGAUCUCUGGAUCGGAUUCGCUCAACCAACCACGGUGGACCAUAUCGUAGUGACUGGGGACGACAAAUCGAAGUGCUGGGCUUUCCACGACACGCGUGCCAUUGUCAUUUGCUGUGGUCAUUGAAAGAAUAUAACGCGAUUUUGCUAUUUC